AUGGCUGACAAUAUUCAGCCCAUUUUCUUCUGCAAGCAUUGCGAGGUUUUUGGACAUGAGGUUGUCCACUGUCAUCGUCUUUUCGAAGACUUGACGAGCUUUGCCAAAACCGUUGGCGUUGAAACUGGAUAUCCCACCCAGGGCUCUAUCUCCAGCCGUGUUGCCCACUGGGGCAAAAAAAAGGAAGCUUCGAAUUCUGCUUCUUCCACCGCCACAUUUGGAGUCCCUGGCCAGGCCAACGGCACCUCGUCCACCGAUGCUACAAAUCUGAAUUCGCUUGAAGCGCAAAUGCUAGCCAUUUGCCUAGAACAGCAUCGGAUGCACUGGCUGUGGUGUCACAAUUUAUGGGCCUCUGUUUUGAUGUAUCAGGACCCCUGGCAGCCACAGGAGGAUGCCAAUGCCAAUGGCAGCCACGAGGAGCGCUAG